AUGGGGUUGCAGCCAAGGAAAGUAAAUAGAGUUGGUGCUAUUGGUCCGGGGUCAAUAGCAAUAGCAAUAGCUUUUAUCCUUGCUAACUUUCCUGUAAUAUUUAAGGAGGAUGAUGAGAAUUCUCUGGAGGCUGCACUUGGUGAAAUCAAAGCCGAUUUGCACAGCCAUCUUAUGACAGGGAAAAUGACCAAGGAGAAGCUUGAAAGAACUGUAUCUCUGUUGAAGGGUGUACUCAGUUAUGAUAGCUUCAAACAUGUGGAUUUAGUUGUAGAGGCAGUGGAGGGAAAGCAAGUUUAUGCUGAUCUUGAGCAUUAUUGCCCUCAACAUUUCAUUCUUGCAAGCAGUAGUCCCACACUUGACUUAAAUCUAAUUGGAGAAAGAACAAAAUCCUAA